AUGCUUGUACCCCAGGCUGAGUAUACGGAUCCAGCUACUGCUGCCGUGUUCAGCCCACAGGAUGCCAUCCGCUUCGAAUGCAACGGGAGUCCCGGCAUCCGCCUCGAUAGGGCUCUCAAUGAGGAUUUCGGCGGCAUGCCCGAUGCAAACCUCGUUGUGCAAACGACUACGCGCAGCCAGAAGAUCUGUCUUCGCAUUAAUUGGCCCGGCUAUAGCUUUUGGUCCAACCACUUCAACGUCAAUCUGGCCUCAGGACAUCGCGAGAAAGGAAAGCUCGCAAAGUCUGUGGCGGCACAGAUUCAGCUCUGUCUCACGGAAAUGGCACGUGUACCGUGCACCUCUAAUGGCUGGGAAGUUUCGAACGUUAGACUUCAGGAUCUCAUACUCAUGGAGAUCCAACAUGUCUCCAGGGGAAGCUGGCAGCCGGUCAUCUGUCGUCGCGUUGCCUGA